UUCUGUUUCUGUUUCUGUUUCUGUUACAAUAGGCAAGGAUUAUACUUAAUAUUAUGCUGAAAAUCGCCUGUAUUGCGCGCGCUCGAAAGCUCCGGAAUAAAUGAUUUGUUGACAUGGAUUGUAGGCGUUGAAACUAAUUGACCAAGCUUACGGCUCGGGAUGUAGCCAAGGCACCGAUGUCUCGGAUUUUGAUUGUUCUUUAUUUAUUUUAAAAUUUGUUACAGCAAUCUCAAUUAUAAUUAUCUCACCCGUUCGAGAUUUCAAUCAGCAGAUGUAAUAGCAGCAGGUAUACGGAGGACUGUGGACAAUAUUAUACAUUACAUACCCUCUGCCCAGCGCAACCUUUGCCCUGUUCCUGCUCCGGUCUCGAUUAGAGGCGUCCCUCUAUUAUAUAGUGAAUAACAACGAGUUAUUAUGAGCGAGGGCACCGGCACACCAUCAUCGGUUUACGUCGGCUCUAAUACGACAGCAAAAGUCUCGAGGAGAGCCGAGGCUCCGAAAGGGGAGGGUUAUAAGGCUAAUUUGGUCGGUGUAGGUAUUAUCCCCUUAUUUCGCUUCUCAAUAAGCCUGUAACUUCUGGCAACGUACAUAAAUCGGCUGGAGCGGAGAAGUCGGUGGUCAGUCGGUGGUCAGUCGGUGGUCAGUCGGUGCGAGUCGAGCUUAGCGGCAGUUUAGGUCGAGCAGUCUUCUGAAGAAUGGCAAGUGAAGAGGCGAUCGAAGACCUUUUGCGAUCGUUUCACGCGAUGGCCUUAGACCCGUACGAUGCCUCACAUGUCAGGAAUUACGACCGCAUGCUCCACGGCGCGCUCCUAGAGAUCUUCCUCAAGAACUUCCGUGCUCUCGUAGGCGAUCAGCUCAAAAGCGAGAUCAAGAAUAUCCUCGAUCAGGAAGUAAUCGUCAGCAGUUUCUUCAAAGAUCAGUUCGAGCGGCUCCCCAUCAUGUGGAUCGCGAUCCUUGGCUGUUACCGGAAAUCAGCCCAGCUGCUCGUGCGCACAAAAAUCGGCAACAUCCACGAGCUCUUCCCUCUGCCAGCCACCUAUUACGCACACGUGGAACUCAACCCCGGUUCGACGAUACUACACGCGCAGCUUCAGCUGUACCCCUCUUGGUGGAGCGACUGUUUCGUACGCCAACUGGUAGUGGAAGGCGCCGACGUGCACGCUCAAGACGAUCUCGGCCGAGCCCCCCUGCACUACGCGAUGAGAUCAGGACGAACCUCAGAUAUAAUCAAAGUCUUUCUGGAUAAGAGGGUCAACCUCAACGUCACCGACUAUCAGCGCGAGACACCAUUACUUCUGGCGAUCGAUAACGUCAGAGCCGACGACCGGGUGCUGCCGUUGUUGCUGCAAUACGGCGCCGAUGUUCUCGCCCAAGACGAGCGCGGUUACAACGUCUUACAUCGCAUAGCAGAGACUACUAAACGCGAUCCACAACGCGCAGCUGACCUGGCCAGAGUCUUGAUGGACAAAGGCGCAUCGCUCGUAGACACGACUGUUACGUACCGCGAUACCCCGCUACACCUGGCUAUUAAGAUGAAAGACGUUAAUCUUGAGUUGAUUCAAGCGUUUCUCGAGAGAGGAGCCGACGUGAAUAUCGCCAACAGAUCCCGUUUGCCGCCGCUGCAUCUCGCGGUCGGCUGCAACCAAGCCGAGAAACUGGUGAAGCUGUUGCUGCAAUACGGAGCCGACGUUACUGCCAAAGGUGCCAAAAGUUUCAAUCUCUUGCACCAACUGGCAAUCGCCUCUAGAGAACACGUCGAUCUGGCCAAGUUCUUGAUCGGCCAAGGCGUCUCGGUCUUCGAUAUUGACGACGAGUAUCAAUGCCAGCCGAUACAUCUGGCUGCCUUUCAAGGAAAAUAUGAUUUGGUGAAGCUCUUCUUGGAUCUCGGCGUGGACGUGAAUGUUACAGCAGCGGAAGGGAUAUUCCCACUAUGGCUCGCGGCUGAGAGCAAUGCUACGGAUGUGCUGAUAAUUUUGCUCCAAAAUCGCGCGGAUUAUGAGAAAAAGACAGCGAAUGGACGCACCGCCUUACACAAAGCCUGUCGAGCCCAUCACGCGGAGAGCAUCAAGCUAUUCCUGUCCAUCGGCGCAAACAUCUUCGCCGAGGAUAACGAAGGCGCAACGCCAUUCGCUGUCAUGAUGGAUGACGCCGAAGGUGACUUGAACACCAGACUGAUAGUGCUCAAAGAGCUGGCGCUGAGAAAGGUGCUGCUGUCGAUCGACCGACUAAAGGACGAAUCGAUUAUCAACAAUAAUCCGGAGAUGUUGGAGAACUUUCAAAAUUGCAUCGCACAACUCAACGCAAUGAGAAACACGAGCAGGAUAUUGUUCACCCUUCUGACAAAAAGUCACCGGAAGCUCGCUCUGCUCAUGCGAAAUGCCGACUUCGUCGCCGAAUACGGACGCGUAGAUCUCGGGCCGUUUCCCAUGUAUGCCAAAGAAAUCAUCCUGGCUUUCGAGCGCGCGGAAUGCCACCAUCUCAAAAUGCUCGAACAGGAGGAGGUGAUCGACGAGGCUUUUUACCAGACUUUGCCCCACGUGCUUACGAGGAAGCUCAUUGGUUACAUAUUCAACGAGGUUGUUUGCUGUUAGAAACAAUAACAACGAGCAAGCAUUUAGGCAUUUGGAAAUAUUUUUAUUUAAACUUCAUAGUAAAAUAAGCAAGUAACAAAAGUUAACUUAUCGUUGUAUCGUUUAUUUACAAAAUAGUUUUGCAAGGAUUAUUCAAGCUCUUUUUUCAUAUCGAAAAAGCAGAUAAAUCGUAAUUGUUGAGUAGAAAAAUAGAUAAUACAUCAACAGGAUCCAGAUUCCUUUUGUACAUUGUCGUAAAAUCUAAUAAAAGUAUUUUCAUACUCCUA